GUCUGGCUGGCUACAAGGAGGUGAUUGUGUUCCAGGAGCAGGCGCCAGGCGAACCGUGGGAAAGGGAUGGCUUAGCUUUUAACCAGAGGCAGAGGCAGCGCAGGGAGCACAGUGUCAGCAGCCAGUCACGGACACACAGCGGGAGCAGCAGACGCACGGACACACACGGACACACACACACAGCAGCCAUGAAGCGGGGACACGACUACAGCUCCUCCGACAGUGAGUUGGACGAGAACAUCGAGGUGGAGAAGGAGAGCGCGGAUGAGAAUGGGAAUCUGAGUUCCAUGUCUCCAUCCACUUCUUCCCAAAUCCUGGCCAGGAAGAGACGCAGAGGGAUUAUUGAGAAGCGCCGCAGGGACAGGAUUAAUAACAGCCUAUCAGAGCUGAGGAGACUGGUGCCCAGCGCCUUUGAGAAACAGGGAUCAGCUAAACUAGAGAAAGCUGAGAUUUUGCAGAUGACAGUGGAUCACCUUAAGAUGCUUCACACUGCAGGAGGCAAAGGCUACUUUGAUGCUCAUGCACUUGCCAUGGACUACCGCAGCUUGGGAUUCAGGGAAUGCCUGGCAGAAGUAGCCCGGUAUCUGAGUAUAAUAGAAGGAAUGGAGACAGCAGACCCACUGCGAGUGCGGCUUGUGUCUCACCUCAAUAACUAUGCCUCUCAGCGAGAAGCAGCCAGCACAGCCCAUACCAGCAUCGGACACAUUCCCUGGGGUGGAACCUUUGCUCACCAUCCCCAUCUUUCUCACCCACUGCUCCUGGCACAGACUGCCCAUACAAACAGCACAUCAUCCUCCACAGAAGCUCAUCACCACAACAGACUUCGUGGGUCCCCACAUGCUGAAUCCUCCUCCCUGAGAGUUGCUCCUAAUGGGAAUAUUGCAUCAGUGCUUCCAGUGGUUGCCUCUUCAAAACUCUCUCCUCCGCUGCUCUCCUCCAUGGCCUCUCUGUCUGCAUUCCCCUUCUCUUUUGGAUCUUUCCAUCUACUGUCACCCAACUCUCUCAGCCCUACAACACCCACUCCAUCAGGCAAACCCUACAGGCCUUGGGGCACAGAAAUCGGAGCCUUCUAAGACCCCAAUGAGAACUAAUUAGCUUUUUUUUUUAGAAAGAAAAGCCGUAUAGGGUGUGGGGUGGGUUGUAAUGUCCAGCUGUGCUGGCCUUUUAUUAAAGACUUUUACAAUGUAUUUGCCAACCAGUGUGAUCCAAUGGUACCGUUGCAGAUUAUUAUUAUUUUUUUUAGACAUAACAUUUUUUUUACUAGUCUCCAAAAAAAAAAAAAUCUGGUACAUUAGCAGCGUAACACAGAACUGUUCCUAGAUCUGCUCUAAAUGUUUAACUUGCGUUGUAAAGUAACAAUUCCACUUCCUCUGAAGUCUCUGGAACAUUUAACUGAUAUUAUCGUUUUUCCCUAUCUUCCAUCUGUAAACCUGUUUCCCAACAUUGACAUUUUUUGUUUUGUUUUUUUAAAUCUUAUUCUGAAAUAUCCUUCUGGUUUGCUAAUAUUUUCAGCUAUAAAGCUAUAGCUUACUUAUGUUAACCUGUUUUUUUGAAUUUUAUAUUUCCAAGCGUUGACAAAUCAGAUUUAUCAGCUCUAUACAAGAAUCAACAGCAAUGCCUUCAGUAAAGCUGUGCAUGGAAGGGGUGUGUGCUGAAAAGUGGGGCCACAAGCAUUCAGAGGGUUAAACAUAACACUGAGUGCACAUACAGUGGUAUAAUAGAUGCCUAUAGCACAUGUAUUUUGCACAUGAACCCGGACUAUACAACAUUUCAACAGAGUUUCUAUUGUCUAAUGUAUUUUAUUACCUGGCGCACUAGAACUUUAUUUAACAAGGAUACUAAUUUAAAUCAGAAUCCACUACAUCCCUGUAUAUAAUACACGUUGUGCUUGGGUGCGACAUCACCCGAAAUGAUGGACUGAAUUUAAUCACUGUUAUCCUGGUCCUUUUUUGAUGAAAUAAAAGAAAAGUGUGUUAUUUUGA